UUGUAUUUGUGUUUUUUUAAUGUUUUGGGGGAUUUUUUUUAAAUCUUUUGAGUAAAAAAAUUGGGAUUGUCCCAGAUGUCCCAUUUUUCUCAGCUGAGCUUUUCUGUGGAGUACCUCAACAUGGGAACCGUGUUAAAUCAUAUUCACCACCUCUGUACUGAAAGGAUAAGUGCUAAUUAACUCUUUCAGUGCAUUAAGUGUCUAAACAGUCAGACGUGACGGAAUUGCGGGACAUUGCGAUCUCUUUUCCCAUUACCUGUCGUAGUCCCUGGGGUGUUUUUCUGGUCCUGAAAUCUCUCUGAGCAACUAUCUCACAUUCAGCGAUAUAACAAUAAAAGCACAAUUCUGACAAGAUAAUCAUAAUUACAGCAAUAACAAACUUAGUUUUGUGUUUCUUUUUGUGUUUCCAUUUUGAAGAUGAAAACUCUUACGAAACAAUAUGCACUAAUACUUAAUAAAUUAUAGUGAUUGGAGAAUAUUUCAUCCAAAGUAAACAGGAUCAGGAAGUCUGGUGCCUCCUCGAACUACAGUCAGAAGCAGUGUCGCUGGAGUGGUUGCCAUGGCAACAGUUCCUGGUUACUCCCCAUCAAUCUGGGUGAGGGUGUGUCACGCCCUUCCUCGCCUGGAUCUCACCCUGCAGACCAGGGACAGUGUCUUUACCCCUGACAGCUGGGAGUAUCAGCAGACCCUACUGGUCCUCUCAAGCCUCUCCGCCAUUGCUCUCAUUCUGUCCCUCCUCGUCGUCCUCUCCUUCCUGAUUCACUACUGCUGCUGUCACCGCGGCGAUGGUGGCUCGGGGUCUGAGGAAGAGGAGGAAGACGACGACGCCAGCGGCGGGCACGGAUAUGGAGGAAGGAAGGGGCGGGGCAUCUGCUGCGUCACCUGGGUCUCCGUGGCUGCCGUCACGCUCUGCUGUGUUGCCAUCGGCAUUGGUUUCUAUGGCAACAGCGAGGCCAAUGAUGGGAUGUAUCAGCUGACCUCAUCACUUCUUACAGCCAAUUACACGUUGGCUUCCAUCGACCUUCUGGUCUCUGACACCCUGACGGGGCUGCAGCUCUCCAUAUCUGGGCCCCUGACCUCCCUGGAGGAGUUGUUCAGCAGCAGCAUGCCCUUCCUGGUGUCCACCCGCACCUGCCGACGGCUGUCAGAGACAGUGGUGGCCCUCCUGUCUUCCCUAACCCUGGGGCGCGCCCCUGAAAACCCGCCCGUCAGCAACGGGGGGAUCAACAGCAGCAGCAGUGCCUCUGCCUCCCUAACCCCUCUUCCCCCUUCCCUUACUCCCCCUCUCCUCCCCCCCGCCUCUCCCCUGCCCAGCCCUUUCUCUCCCGGCUGGGCCGCCAACACGCUGAUGGUCAACGAAGACUAUAGGUGGCUGUCGUACGUGUUGCUGUUGCUGUUGGAUCUAGUGGUGUGUCUGUUUAUUCUCCUGGGGUUGGCCAAGCAAGCGCGAUGGCUUCUCAUACUAAUGACGGUGCUGGCCUGGUUGGCUCUUUUCCUGAGUUGGGGCUCUCUGGGACUGGAGACAGCCACUGUUGUGGCCCUCAGUGAUUUCUGCUCCGAUCCCAACACGUUCAUACUCAACUCUACUCACUUUAAUUCUGGAACCAGCGCAGAAAUACUGGACUAUUACCUCACCUGCAGCAGACGAAAGACCAGCCCUUUCCAGCAGCUGCUGACCCAGUCACAAAGGGCGCUGUCUAGUAUUCACACACACCUCUCGAGUCUAGACAGAGAAGCACUCCCACAGUUCCCCAAGGCAGAGAGGUCACUCAGGGAGGUUCAGCAGAUACUCAACACAACAGAAGGAAACUUCCACCAGCUGGUGGCGCUGCUCAACUGUCGAGGUCUCAAUAAGGACUACAUAGACUCUCUGAAAGGUCUAUGCUAUGACGGAAUGGAGGGACUGCUCUACCUCUCCCUCUACUCUUUCCUGUCUGCGCUGGCAUUCACAGCCAUCCUUUGUUCAUUGCCUGGGGCGUGGAGAAGUUUCCCCAGUGAUUCAGAAGAAUACGAAGACUCAGACAGCGAGAGCGAGGACCCCUUCACUACCCAUCAGGCACGUAGACAGACGGCCAUGGGCUCCCAGCGCGGGGCUCUGCCCGCCUUCUAUAGUUACCAGGGGGCCGGCUGGACUCCCCCCUUUUCUAGCGCACCGCCCCUCCCGACUCCAAACGUUUCCUCCAAUGGCAACCCUGGUUAUGAGAGCCUGCCCUUGAUUGACAGGCAGUCCCCACCCCCUUCUUACUCUCCCAGCAUGCUGACAGCCUACGGGGGCAGUCAAUCAAACCCGAACCCAGCCCACUCCAGGAAUCUGUAUCCGCACUAAUUCUUUUUUUUUAUGUAUAGAAAAAAAAAUAUAGGAAAAAAAUGUUUAGUUUUCAUAGAAAUGGACACUUUACACAGAAGGAGAACUAAUUUAAACAGAUGGAUUACUAAAGAUUAAAGAAAACGAGUAACGUCAUUACCAUUGAUCGCUCCGAGCACUGACGCGACAGAAUGGAUUAAACGGACAGCUUGAUUCAGGUCAGCCAUAUUAUUAUGAGAUACCCCGUGUUUCAGGGAGUCUUGGACUGUUUUCUCCAUCGCUCACUGGAGCCCUCUGUCACUGCGAGCGUUGCGAGCCUGAAUGGUACUGACAUUAUGGUAGUUCUAUAUUUGUUAAUGUAAUCACCAGAUUUAUUUUCAUGUUUUUAUAUUGUACUUGAGGGGCACAGACACACGGCAGCAAUGACACAUUUUCGGUGUUGUCAAUAUGCAAUCUCUUUCAUUUGAUCUAUAUUUUCAAACAUUUUAUAGAUGCAAAUACAGCGUUUCAGAUACGUUAACAUUUCUCCGUGAAUAACAGUAAACGAGGAUAAAGACUGUAUCUUCCAAUAAUAACAUUCAAGUGCAGGAGAUAGCCUUCUCUCUCAGGAGGUAAAAAGGGGAACUACAACUCCAUGCAAUAACUAGUAAAAACAAUAAUUACUGCUGAUAGAGAUAGCCACAAUAUGAACAACAGUAUAGUAAUAACAGAAAAAAAGAGCUGUGUACUGUGUCUGUGUUUGUGAGAAGUCUCUACAGGGUGUUUUGUAUAUAUAUCGUAUGUUGGAGAUUGUAUUGAUCCCCUUUGCCUAUGAACCUCGUUAAUCCUGAAAUUGAGUUUAUAUGGUAUUAAUGCUCCUUUUGACUGGCAUCCUU